UUGCGGGGUAAACUUCGACGUUUUGGCAAAGUGUGCACAAACAGCAGCAGUGUUCAUUAGAGCGUGUUGCGAUGAAGCUAUUCAGUCUACUGACGAUCGCGACGGUGGUUGCGCAAACGACGGAACCGACGGCGACGACACAGGCACCGAAUUCAACGACGGUUGCACCACGGACACCGGCCCCGCCCGGCACGACGACCGCUGCGCCAUUGACCCCGGCCCCACCGACGAAAACCACCGCUGCACCACUGACACCGGCGCUGCCCGUGACGACGACGCCAACCCCAACGACAGUGACGCCGGCACCUACCAAUGCGACGACACCAAAGCCAACAUAUGCGACCAUCACGGUGACGCCGGUUGUGACCAUCACAGUCACACCGCAGCCAUCGGACGCACCGCUACCGUCACCUUCCAAGCAACUGACGGCGGCCCCGAAGGCGACGACGGCGACACCCUCGGCGGCGGCAGCAAUCUCGGUUUUGACAGUCGCAUCCGUCGUCUCGGUGGCCGUGGUGGCGACCAUUGCUUAAGUCUACGACUCGACAGUAUGCAAGUAAAAGACUCGUGUAUAGAUAUGUCAACGAGGGUUGUGGGUAUUCGGAA